AUGGCCAUCCUCUCUUGGCUUACGCCCUUGAACCUGGCAAGUCUGCGCGCUCUUGCGGUGGGUAGGUGGAUUGGCUUCCGCUUCCGCGCGUCCCUUAAAGCCGUUGCAACCGUGCUCCCGCGCCUUGGAUCUUGUCAACUUUCGCCUCUUCCAACCAUAUAUCAAUAUCCCGAAAAUCUGGUGGGUUGUCUUCCGGGCGACCCAACUAACCUUGUCACGCUGGCUACUCAAACACUCCCCGCUAUUCGAGCCCCUCACCCUCAUUUUCCACAUCGCUUCCAACCAUCCUUAACCCCACCGUACCACGACAACCCAAAAUCGGAUCGCCCAUGGUUGGCCCAUCGUGGUCAAGGGGGCUCUAACGAUAUAUUUUCCAUGUCGAACUUACCGGCAGGAGGAUUUCGUUCAGAGCAGACCACCCCCCAAUUGUCCCCCACUCAGCCAUAUCCUCCUAUGCAGCCACCUUUCAGGAGCAGUCCUCGAGAAGGCCCAGCAAACUCAUUGGUUUCGCUUCCUCCUUUACGCCAGCUCUCCAACACACCACCUACUCCCUCUGACCGCAGACAUGGCACUCCCUUUGGCGUUCAUUCAAUGCUUAAUCCUCAAGCGGAACUAGUCGCACAGCAACAGAAUCGAAGACGCAGUGCCUCACAGAUGGAGUCGCCAUCACCUGUCGACACUCAGCAUCCGCAUAGUCUGCCAUCGAUUAGCCGACCAACUAGCGUUGAUUCCACCCAGGAUGACCCCAAACCUCCUAGAGUUUUCCAAGCACCAGGGCCCCCAGGAAGACCUUCCAUGAGACACAUACUAAGCCCAAAAUCGCCGAAACUACACAGGACGCAAAGCUUGGGUCUCCUGAAUCCACCAACGGGCACCAUCGACGCCCAUCAAUCACCUUUCUUGACAGCAAAUACACGCCCGUCAGAUCUGGUGACAUCGCAGCCGGCUUUGCCCACGCCCCCAGGAGGCCGAAUUGCGUAUUUCUCUGCAGUGCCACCAUCGGCUCCAACACCACCCCCAAACAUGAUCCGCACGGAUGUUCGGAGACCAAGUAUAGGAUUCCCGCAGUCCGGUAGCGCGAGCCCGAUCACCCAGUACUCUCCAUACAGCCAACCUGCCUCUGUAGCUUCUAGCCAGUACGAUAAUCAAAGUACGCAAGGACACUACGCAUCUGGGCCUACCCACGUGCACAUGCAUGAUGUACGACACGGGUCGAUCCCCAUGGAAACUGAACGAAACAGCAUGAUCCCUAUGGCCCCGUCUAGUCAGAGCAGCAUUCAGAUCAUGACAAUCAAAAGCCAGCUGGGCCACCCAGUCCAAAUUCCGGUCGAUGUGCAGGCAGCCUCCAAGGUUGCCGACGAGAAGCGGCGGCGCAACGCUGGAGCAUCCGCUCGGUUCCGUGCUCGGCGGAAAGAAAAGGAGCGCGAAGCAUCGAUGAGCAUAUCGAGAUUGGAGCAACAAGUGCGUGAUGCGAUUGAAGAUGCUGAGUAUUAUCGAAGCGAAAGAGACUACUUCAAGUCGAUCGUGUUUCAACAACCAAACCCAGAAACACAUUAUGCAAGAGCUCCAUCGCCUCGACUAAGGCGCCCUUCUAUAGCACCUUCUCUCGCACCUUCUUCCUCCACUGGGCCCGGUUCCGAUGGCUCUUACGCCGAGUACGAAGAGGAGGCGCGAGAAGAGGAACGUAACGUGCGAAGGCGAACCAGUAGUUACCAUCCUGUAGCUGGACCUCCACCUACUUGUUCAACUCCUUCUGGCUCCGCAUCUCAUGGCUACUCUGCGCCUGCAUUCCUGCCAGUCAACCUACCACCUGUUCAGGGUGCAUCUCAUGACCAACAGUUCUUAUCACACCAGCAGGGUCACUUGGCUGCCCUACAACAGCCACCUUCCGACCGACCAGUGUACCAAAAUUCUUUCAUUCCGGAUGCUGAGCGUUAUGAGAAUCGACAUUGGCCUACAGGUCCGACCGAAGCUCGACAGAACUAG